AUGACGAGGAUCAACAGGGACAUCAGAGAUGUGAAUGGAUGGGGCGGAUUCGGGGAGUACUGGGAAGAGCGAUUGCGGAAAUUGGAUGACCAGUGGCUGAAACAAGUCCCAAAAGACGCAGGAAAUCUCUUUCAGGGUCUUCGAUUUUGGGUAAAUGGAUUGACUGAUCCGCCGCAAAGCCAACUGAAGCAGAUUUUCCUCAAAAAUGGUGGAAUUCUCGACCUCGUCAAAACGCCGAAAACCGAUUUUGAACUCGUCGAGACCCUCCCUCGCGGAAAAAUGCUCCGACUUCUCCACCACCACCAAAUUGUGAAGCCAAAGUUUAUCACCGACUGUCUCAAAGCGGGAAAACUCGUCGAUUGGAAGAAAUACCGACUUUGGAAAGAUCAAUCGGGAAAUUUGUUCACGACGAAGGAAGAAAAAAUGAAUGCUAGAUUCAUUGGAAAACUAUCGUCUCCCAACUUUGUCGACGAAAAAAUCUACGAGCGGAGUGGAUAUUCUGAAGAACAGCGAAUGGCGCUUUCGGAAGAGCUUCAAGAGUUUCUAAAAGAGCGAAAGUUGCCGAAAAGCUGGGAGGAUUAUACGCACCCGAGGAAGAGCAUUGGAGAGUAUUACAAGAAAUCGAGGCUUCAUUGGUUGAGCGCGUGGAAGGCGGAGCUGCAUCAUUUGGUGGCGGAGUUGACAAGGCCGCCGCUAAUGGAGGGAGAGAAGAUGGGACAGUUUAUCGCGCAUAUUGAUAUAGAUUCCUUCUUCGUCUCUGUCGCAAUUCUUGAUCAACCUGAGCUCCGAGGGCGACCAAUUGCGAUCUGCCAUGGAACAACUGCUUCUUAUGGCAAUAAAAAUCCUUCAAAGAAGCAGAAAGUCGCCGAAGAAGUUGAAAAGAACGAUUUGCUAGAAACACAUCGAAUCGGCCAUGGAGGACACAAAGUCGAAGCUGGUGAAAGCUUCUCUGAAAUCGCUUCUUGCAGCUACGAGGCGCGCGCUUUAGGGAUCAAGGCUGACAUGUACCUUGGCCAGGCGCUGAAGAUCUGCCCAGAACUUGUCGUUUUGGACUAUCAACUUGAGGACUGCAAGAAAGUCUCCGAAAUUCUCUACGCCACUUGUGCCAACUUCACGCCUUUUAUCGAAGCCAUCAGUUGCGAUGAACUCUACAUGGAUUUAACCAAACUCGUUUACAAGUCAAACAAGGCUACGAAAGAAAUAGCCGCAGAGGUGAAGCAAAAAUUCAAAGAUAAAACUGGAAUAAACGUUUCCAUCGGUCUCGGGCCCUCCAGAAUGCUCGCUAGAAUGGCGACAAAGAAAGCUAAACCAAAUGGAAUUUACGAGAUUUCGGAUGGAUUUGAAAUAACGGAAUUGAUGGAGAACACUCCAUUUAUCGAUGUUCCACAGAUGGGGGACAGACACUGA